GUCUGGGCGCGGUACCCCCACAUCAAGUACGCAUUUGACCUGGCGGACGGCCUCGGAAAGUCCAUCCCCCGCCUCAACUACGGACUGGACAUGUUCAAGAAGCCGCACGAUGCCAAGGGCCUGAUCGAAGCACUCACCCCCCUGAACCGGACAGCCCUGCGCAACCUGACCCGCGCGCACGAGGCGCUGCAGGCCGCGCCCGGCGCGCUGCUCAGCGGCGCGCAGAUCAACCUGGGCUCGCGGGCGGCGGCGCUGACGGGCGCGGCGGCGGCGGGCGCGGCAGCGGUGCAGGCCGGCGGGAAGACGGCGCUGCCGGGCGUAUUCUUGAAGUUUGUGGCGCCGUCGGCCGCGCGGCUGCCUUGA